UAUACGUAUGCAAACAUAUGCGACCAAACAAUUGUCAUCUUUAAUAGUGAUUACAGUAUACAAUUUAUUCCUUACAGCAAACAAGAUUUUUAAUAAGUGAUAGAAUCCUGGUUACAAACGUAUUUUUUGUAAUCAAUACUUGUAGCUGAUCACAUCGAUUUUGUUAUCGAAAGCAAUACACUCCUAACCUUAUAAAAUUUAAUUUUCAAUCUUAAUACUUCUCUUCUUUUUAUAUUGUAUAACAUUAAUAAACAAUAUGGCACAUUACAAAGGAGCAGCCAGCGAAGCUGGCCGAGCAAUGCAAUUAAUGAAAAAGCGAGAAAUUGCUCAACAAGAAAUAGAGUUAAGGAAAAAGAAGAUAGAAGAUGAUUUGAAGAUUCAUAAUAUAGAAAACAAAUUUGCAACCCAUUACAAUGCUGUAGAACAACAACUAAAGACUUCCACUAUUGGUUUAGUCACUUUGAAUGAAAUGAAAGCAAAGCAAGAAAAUAUAGUGAAGGAACGCGAAAGAAAACUAGCUCAAAAGGAACGUGAAAAAGAACAAGAGAAGGAGAGGGCUCUUGCUGCUAAGCAAGCUGAAAAAAAUAAGCAGAAAAAACAAAUACAAGCAUUGUCCUUUAACUUAGAUGAAGAUGAAGUAGAGCUUUCUGAUGAAGAAGUGGAACCAAAGAUGGAGAAGACAAAAGAGGACGAUAAUGAACCAGUAAUAAAAAAGAUAAAGAAAAAUCCAGAUGUGGACACAAGCUUUCUACCUGAUAGAGAAAGAGAAGAAGAAGAAAACAGGUUGAGGGAGGAGUUAAGACAAGAAUGGGCUAGAAAACAGAACGCAUUGAAAGAAGAAGAAAUUGAAAUCACUUUCAGUUACUGGGAUGGGUCUGGACACAGGAGAAGUGUUAUCAUGAAGAAAGGUAAUUCUAUUUAUCAGCUACUUCAAAGAUGCUUAGAAGUUUUAAGACGCGAAUUUAGUGAACUUAAAACAGUUAUGGCUGAUCAACUAAUGUAUGUGAAAGAAGAUCUUAUUUUACCACAUCAUUAUACAUUUUACGAUUUUAUUGUAACAAAGGCAAGAGGGAAGAGUGGCCCUCUAUUUACAUUCGACGUUCACGACGAUAUUCGCGUGAUGCAUGACGCUUCUGUCGAAACAGAAGAAUCUCAUGCUGGAAAAGUAUUACUUAGGUCUUGGUAUGAAAGAAACAAACAUAUAUUUCCUGCUAGUAGAUGGGAACCAUUCGAUCCAACGAAAAGUUACGAUAAAUACACGGUUUCCGAUAAAAAUAAGAAAAAAGAUAAAAUGUAAUGGAAAUUGCAUAGGAAGUCAACAAUAUGUAUUGUGUUCAGUAUGAAAUGUUCUAGGUUAAUUCGAAUGUAUAUUUAAUUGUAGUAACUUGAAGGUUAUAAUUUCUCCGUUUUGUAAUCAGUAAAGUUACUGAAUAGCUACUUCAAAUGGAAGCUGAAUAUCUCUGCAUAUUUUAUACACUUAAUAUAAUGUAUAGCAAUUUUAUUAAGCCGUUCAUUAGAAAAAUAUUUUGUAUGCAUUGUAAAUAAUAUUAAAGAUAUUUAUAUUCUGAA